GUUGCUGCUGCUGCUGUAUCUGCUCGUCCGACGAGGAACAAAGCCGGACCGAACAAGGAGCGCAACAACCCAAAUAAUCCGAACGACGUGUCCUUCGACAUCUCAAACGACAGCGCCCAGGACGAUCACGGUGGAGUACUAUCUCCUGCGGCUGCCUCACUGGACCAACAGAAUGGGCAACAACUACAAGAGCAACAACUCAACCACUUUGCAGCUCCUCAGUACCUUUCCUACUUCACGAAUAAGGACCAGAAUGGGAU